AGUGGUCGUAGAAAUCGCGGGAAUAUGGCGGACACAGUGUUGGGACCCCUGAUAAUCAAGGCAAAUCCUCUCCUCCUCCACUCUCCCAAUUUUCCCUUCUUCUUCUUCUCUUUCAAUUCAAACCCCAAAUCCAAAUCUCUCUCAAUGGCUGCUUCCCGUCAAUGCCCUUGUUCCACUACCAUCUCAAGUCCUAUCCGCACCCAGCCUUCUCUUCUUGUCUUCUCAGGUGGUACUGCAUUUAAUGGCGUUGUGGAAGAGCUUAAGAAGUUAACCACUCGUGUUGCUCAUGUUCUGCCUGUUUCUGACGAUGGAGGCAGUACUGCUGAGAUUGUUCGUGUGCUUGGUGGUCCUGCUGUUGGAGACAUUCGGUCAAGAUGUUUAAGAUUGUCUGACCAAAGUACUGCUGAGGCCCUUGCUGUCCGAAGAUUGCUUGGUCAUCGUUUACCUCUUGAUGCACCUCAGGCCAAAUCAGAAUGGUAUGAUAUUGUGGAAGAAGAACAUGCUUUAUGGACAGGUGUGUCAAGACCAUACAGAGAAACAAUUCGAGCUUUUCUUGUUUAUUUCCAAAAUGAGAUCCUGCGUCGGCCUAAUGAAUCAUUUUGCUUUAGUAAUGGCAGCAUUGGGAAUUUUUUCUUUGCGGGAGCACGCAUAUUUUUUCAGUCUUUAGAUGCUGCGAUAUUUUUGUUUUCACGUGUUUCAGAGAUUCCACCUGAAAGUUUGGUCCUCCCUGUGAUCUCAACAAAUGACAGGCUUACAUUAGGAUGCGAAUUAUGGGAUGGGACUGUUAUACGGGGUCAGAAUGAAAUAUCUCAUCCAGCCAGUGGUACUAUGCUACCUGUUAAUAAGGGAUGUGCUUCAGUUCCAGCACUUUCUUCAAGAAUAAAGAGGGUGUUCUACAUGUCAAGUGAGGGUGGAAAUUCUCUACAUGAGGUCUUUCCCACAGUUAACUCAUCUGUGCUGGACCAAUUGAGUAAUGUGGAUUGCAUUGUUUAUGCUAUGGGGUCCCUCUUUACUUCCAUUUGUCCAUCACUGGUAUUGCGUGGCAUUGGGGAAAUUAUCUCUUCAAGGAGCUGCCCCAAGGUACUUUUGCUGAAUGGUACACAUGAUCGAGAGACGAGUGGCUUCUCUGCUUCUUGCUUUGUAACUGCAAUUACAGAUGCUCUAAGUAGAAAAUAUGGAGAUACUCAUAAUUGUCUAGAAAACUCUCCAAAUCAGUAUAUCAAUACACUUUUAGUGCCCAAAGAGGGUGAAAUUCCAAUAGAUAUUCCGUGCUUGACUUCCCAAGGAAUCUUUGAUGUGAUCUUUGUUGACUCUUUUCGUGAUCCGAAAGUGGGUAUAAUCUUUAAUCCAGAGUCAUUAAUAAAUGCACUCGCCAAUGUGGUGGGCAGACAUAUGAGCGCAAAUGUCAUGUAGAGUUGACUAAAAUUUGACAGCAGAAACGGAAUCCAGGAAGCAUAACCUUUCGCAUGGCUAGGAAUUCACUUUGAGUGAGAUUUUUCUAUUGAGGUACAAGUUCAACCACAUCAGAUAUGAGAGCUCAGCAGCAAUCAUGAAGUAGAUUUUUUGCACUUGUGAUUUCAAUUCAUCUGGUCUUUGAUUCAAGGAUAUAAGAGGGAUGUUCUGUAACAUCAGUGCCAGCUUUAUUUCAAAUACAUCACAGCACAUCAGUUCUUAUUGAAGGAUGUUUGGGAAUCCGAUGAUAUGUCUCACGGGCUGUAGUCAAAUGCUGUACAAAUGACAGACUUGCUUUGAUUCUAGAAUCAGACAUGAAACAUGUCAAAUAUGAUUGCAUAUCUGAGAUAUUUAAAGAACGCCUUUUUUUUUCCCA